AUGUCCAUCCGCCACUGCGCCUCGAGUCUUGCCGCGGAGGCUGCGGGCUGCGGGGCGCCGAACGGGUUCAACGCCGGCCUCUGGCGCCUCUCGCGCUCGGACGCUGGUGACGCCGCCGAGGCCCCUCGCGGCGGUCCGCGACCUACCACGCCGACUGCAGCCGCGCUGGAGGCCGCUCGCCGCGGCAUCCCGGACCUCAUCGCCGACAACAUCAAGUCCGAGACGUUCUUCUGGUCGGUGGAGCUCAUCCCGGGGACGACCCCGCUUCUGCGGUCCCUUCUCGACGAAAGCUUGCAGCACUUGGCGCGGCAUCGGCCCGCCUUCGCGUCCGUCACCUGGCACGUGGACCACCUGGCGGUGCGCGGCCCCGACGGCCCCGAGCAGGUCGAGCACCCCGCCAUGGCGCUGAGCGCGCGGCUGCAGGACGAGCACGGCAUUCCCGCCCUGAUGCACCUCGCGGCGGGCCGCAUGGCGAAGCAGCACGUCCACGCCGUGCUGCAGGCCUGCCUGGUGGCGGGCGUCACCAACAUACUGGCACUCAGAGGAGAUUACAAAGUGAAUGCGGAUGCAGACUUUCCCCAUGCGUCGGAUCUGGUGCAUUUCAUAAGGAAGAACUUUGGCGACAAAUUCAAAAUUGGUGUCGCAGGCUAUCCCUCUGGGCAUCCUGACUCAAAGUCGCGAGAGAUGAAUUUUGUCCACUUGAAAGAAAAGGUGGAUGCUGGAGCAGAUUUCAUUCUGACUCAAAUGGUGAGUUCUGCGGAGGAAUUUAAUUUGUUCAAACAAGAGUGUGACAAUCGAGAGAUAAGAAUUCCUAUCAUUCCAGGACUGUUUUUAAUAGAGUCAUACAAGAUGUUUGAGAAAUUAAUCAGGACCUGCAACAUUUUAGUUUCAAAAGAAAUUCUGGAUGCAAUGAAACAGAUAAAAGAUGAAAACAAAGAAAGAGAAUAUGGAAAGUGCCUUUUCCUAAAUUUAGUUGUGGAUUUGAUGAAACUUUCAAGUUGCCCAGGAGCACACAUUUUCAGCAUGAAUAGAGUCACGACAGCUACAAAGGUGCUAGAUGAAGCAAGGAUUUUCCAUGAUGCCAUUGAAUAAAGACAAUUGAGAAAA